AUGGGAACCAAAGGCCGCUCCGUGCCUCGCAUUGUGUGCUGCGCUAUACCCAUCUCCAGAGCAGCUGGAAAAGUUCUCGUUGUCACUAGUCGCAAACGACCUGACAGCUGGGUCUUUUUACGUCACGACUUUUUAGUACCUAAAGGUGGUUGGGAGCCAUCGGAUGUGCAGUUGGAGGCUGCAGCCUCGAGAGAGGCCCUGGAAGAAGCUGGCGUACGCGGAACAAUUACACGUUAUGUGACCACAAUCCCAACACCGUCAGCAACGUACCACUUCUAUGAAUUGGACGUGGCGGUCCUCGAACCGGACUGGCUGGAACGCAAAGAACGACGAAGAGAAUGGGUCGACUACCACGAAGCCGUUAGAAGAUUAGAGUGGAAAGCCGAGUUAGCCCAAGGGCUGCGAUCUUCGUCCUUGGCGCGGUAG